UGGUGGGCCUUUCUUUUCUGCCCUUUCUCUCUCAACAUCACUUCCAUUUUCACAGACCUCCGUGCUUUUCUGUCUCUUUUCUUUUCUUUUUUUCUCAUAUGAGGAAACUCUGUCCAAAUUUUGAUCGAGAUGAUGGCCUGGAGACCGUCCUUGAGGUCCCAAUCCCGGAAGAAAUGUUCGCAAGCAUGGGCAGCAACCUUGCUCUUCGCUGUCACAACAUGCUCACCUGGAUGAAGGCUCAAACUGCAGAGAAAUGGUCGUCGCCCAUCAUCGCCGGACGUUUUAAUGAGUUAUCCUUUCUUCUUUACAUUGUUGGAUCCCCUCUUAUUCCUCUUCAGGUCAGAUUGGACAACUCCGUCCACCGUCCCAUCAGAGAUAGUUCCAUUGAAGCUUCCACAGCCAAGUAUAUUGUCCAACAGUAUAUAGCAGCAACAGGAGGACAACCAGCGCUGAGCUCAGUGAACAGCAUGUGUGCAAUCGGACAGGUGAGGAUCAGUGCAUCAGAGUUUUACCAAAGCGACCUACACGUGAAGGUGGGUACUACUGAAGAGAUCGGAGGAUUUGUGCUUUGGCAAAAGAAUCCGGAUAUGUGGUGGUUAGAGCUCGUUGUGUCAGGUUGCAAGGUGAUAUCUGGUAGCAAUGGCAAGCUUUCAUGGAGGCAGUGCUCAAACCAGCAAUCACCCAUCUCCAAGGGUGCCCCCAGACCCUUGCGUCGUUUUCUACAGGGGUUGGAUCCGAGGUCCACAGCCAACCUAUUUAUUGACGCGGUCUGCAUCGGGGAGAAAAUAAUAAACAACGAGGACUGUUUCAUACUGAAGCUGGAGACGAGCAGGGCAGUACGGGAGGCACAGAGCAGCCCAAAGUUUGAAAUCAUCCACCACACAAUCUGGGGGUAUUUCAGCCAGAGGUCGGGCCUCCUCAUGCAGUUUGAGGACUCGAGGCUGCUCAGGAUGAACACGGGGGACGACGGCGUGUUCUGGGAGACAAGCUCGGAAUCAGUGAUAGAGGACUACAGAUACGUGGAGGGAGUGAACAUAGCCCACAGUGGUAAGACUGUGGUGACGGUGUUCAGAUAUGGAUCACAUUCCGCCAGUCACAAGAGGGAGAUGGAAGAAACGUGGAGGAUUGAAGAGGUGGAUUUCAAUAUAUGGGGUUUGUCCAAUGAUUUUUUUCUGCCUCCCCCCUGACCUGACCUGCAUGCGGAAAGAACAAAGCCAUAGCUAGUUGAGACUCGAGAUGAGAACAUAUAUCACACACCAUAGAUUUUUAAUAUAAUUUAACCAGUCACCAGCCACCUUUAUAUGAUACAUUGUGUGAGUAUAAAGAAACCGUGUAUAUACAAGCAGAUUUCCAAGUUUUUUCAAUUCUUUGUUGACCGUUGCCCAUCGAAUCAAUAUCUAAUCCAAUCACCUCGGGUUUUGCGUGGGGUG